CCUGACGCACCGUCCUCUUCAUCGAUCUUCACUUCUCGGGAAUUUUCAAUCGUUGCUUACGACUUUCGUUUAUCACCUGUCUCCAUUCCCAAGUUGAUCUUUCACGUUCGUUCCUGAAGGCAGGCCCUUCUUUGUUCUCAACCCCAAACCACCAUCAGUCUCUCCUUUCGAAUCCCAACCCACCGAUUAAUUUUCAGGUCAAAAUGGGCGACGAAGCGAGCCACGAUAACCACCUGGCACCCACCGCGGACCAUGAUGUGCCCACUAUUGUCCCGGCAAAUGAACCCAAAGAGCCACGAGGACGCUUGACACCUCGCCCUUCUUUUCUGGAGAACCUCGCCAGUUCCACAGACAGACAGUUCAUGUUAGGAAGACGCAACUCUAGUGAAAUCGAUCGAUAUUUCCACGGACCGCGAGAUCUCGAUCGACACUCCAAAUGGCCCAUCUUCCUACGAAUGCAUGGCAGUAUCAUGCCGAAAAUGAUUUUACCUCUUGCCUUUGUUGCAGCUUGGGCCACUGUGAUUACCCUCAUUUCCAGAUUUGUCCACAACAUCGGCAUCAACGAUAUUCUUUUGACAGUUACCGGUUUCGUGGUCAGUUUGGCGCUGUCGUUCCGCAGUUCGACGGCAUAUGAAAGAUGGGCGGAUGGAAGAAAGUACUGGGCGCUCCUCAAUCAGACGGCUCGCAACCUUGCACGUACUAUUUGGGUCAACACGGCAGAACGCGCAGGAGAGGAGGGCAAGGAAGACUUGCUGGCAAAACUGACGGCCAUGAACCUCAUUCUGGCUUUCGCCGUUUCCCUCAAACAUAAACUGCGAUUCGAACCCGAUGUGGGAUACGAAGAUCUAGCAGGCCUGGUUGCACACCUCGACACAUUUGCCAAAGAGGCCCACGACCGCCAAGUCGUUCAACCCCCGAAAAAGACGCCCUGGAAGUCAGUCGGUGAAUACCUGGGCGUUUCUUUUGCCGAGUCCAACCCGAGAAAGCUUAUCAAGCGGUCCAAAAAACCCUUGGGCCAUCUUCCUCUGGAGAUCUUGAACCAUCUCUCCGCAUAUGUCGACCGGUGCAUAGCCAACAAUACUCUCAACAUCAGUCUCCACCAAGGACAAGCCAUCACCGCUCUAUCUACUCUGAACGAAGUCCUCACCGGCACCGAGCGCGUCCUGGAUACUCCACUUCCCGCCGCAUACAGCAUCUCCAUCGCCCAGAUUGCCUGGAUCUACGUCCUCGUGUUGCCCUUCCAGCUGUACGACUUUCUCGAAUGGGUGACCAUCCCCGCCUCCGUCGUUGCCGCCUACAUCAUUCUCGGACUCGCCUUCAUCGGCAGUGAAAUCGAAAACCCCUUCGGCCACGACGUCAACGAUCUUCCCCUCGACACCUACUGCCGCCAGCUCGCCGUCGAGCUUGACAUUAUCACCGCCAUGCCCCCGCCCAAGCUGGACGAAUUCGGCACGCGCGAGGACAACUUCGUCCUGUACCCUCUCAGCACAUCCGGAUACCCCGAGUGGAAGGACCGCUCGGUCGAAGAAAUUCGCGCUGCUCUGAGGGCAAAGGUAGUGGCCAACUACCCGUCCGCAGGGAUGUCGGACGCCUCGACAGUGAUAGGGAGUGUGCGAAGCAAGCAGUCUGUUUAAGAUAGCAGAGGUGAUGGGUUAAAAGUUUAAAAGCAGGGAUGAGAGGGUAGAUCGUUUUGAUUGAUAUUUUGGAUGGUGUUCAAUAAGCAUGAGAGUCUGGUGUUCUGUUUUAUCAAAAAAAGAGGAUGAUAUUAUGUAUGGUUGGUUGGUCGGUUGGGUCGGUCAUUCGUUACUACUACUAUUACUACUAUACCAGGGUUGGUCUUUGGAUGUGAAUAUUUAGGAAUGG